AUGGCACAAACAAGAAGUGGACAGGGGAACAUGAGUUAUCGUAUUGAAAUCCAACUGAUUUCGUGUUCAUUCAAAACGCCCGUCAACAACGUUUUUGCUCUUUGUCGCGUGAACCGAAGACUUUUAAAAAUCCAAAUUCCACAAAAGGGGUGUCCACAAAACGCCUUUGUGUAUAUUUUAGCAGUGGAGGACCUCCCUAAAGUCCUUUUCUUCUCAUAUUUUGACAUUAAUGAAAUUUCGUUGGGGACGACUACAAUACCAAUCAAAGAAUAUUAUUCACUCACAAAAUGUUACUCAAUAGAAAAGUGUGGUAAUGUUGGCGAGAUUUGUAUCUAUCUAAGAAUUGUCCAAAACACGACGACUGAUAUAGUGAAUGUCGCAUUUUAUAAAGGGAACGUCCCCAUGUGGAAACGUGGGACGUUCACUCUACCAUUUUCGUAUCUGAAUUUUCCCCAAAAGCGGGUUGUGCAGAAGACAUCCCCUCCGCCAUUUGUCGCCUUUUCACCGCAACACACGUACACAACAACUCCGUUGAAAUUUCCAAUGAAAAUCGGAACGAAAAAUGUGCCCCCCAAAGUGGAGCGCUCCCCAUCAAAUGCCCCCACAACAAUUAAUCCGUUUUAUCAAGAACAGUUGUACGGCGUUAAACUCACACAAGGGAUCUCUUCAAUAGUUUUCACAAUGAAGACGCCACUGUACUAUUCAGUGUAUUAUAUUAUAAAGAAUAACAACGUGCCUUUCAUUAAUCCAAUGAAUAGUCCUGGCAAACUCCUUGAAUCUAUUGGACAAGUCCAACUUGUGACGUUGUUUCUUUCUCUUGUGUUAAACAAACGAAUAGCACUGUUUUCAAGAUCGGUGACGUCUGUUGUGUUUUCGGUGACACAACUUCUCGACUGCUUAUGUCCACUGAAGUACUCGCACUUUUCUCGAGCCCCCGCAGAGUACUCAGAUUUUGAGAAUCAAGGCCCGUUUUUGCUUGGAAUAGUGUCGCAACAAGCGGAGGAUGAUUGCGUUGAAUAUUCGAGUCGAGGGAUCAUCUGUGUGAAUGUGGAUAGAGGAACGGUGAUGGGGCCUAUGGUAGCGGUUCCAUUAAGUAUGCAAAGGGAUUUGUUUGCUGCACUUCGAGUGUUAAAGAGUGCCCAUGAUGAUCGGACAUAUUUAGCGUUUCGGUGGUAUGUUGCGAAGUUGAUAGAAGGGGUUGACGAGUUUAUAGGGUUUUUGUGGGUAUCUGAUAGCCCGCGAGUUGUAUUUGACAAGGAGAAAUACUUCUUGUGUUUUGAGAAUGACUUGUUUGAGUUUUUAACGACGUUUGUGAAGACGGCGAUGUUCAGUGAAGUCUUGUAUCGUCCUGAGAUGUUGAACGAAGCAAAGGGGUGGUGGGGUGGUUUAUCAUUUAGUGAGAUCUAUUCGACGAUAUCUGAUUUGACUAAGAACAUUUCAUUAGGUGGGAAGGUGGGAGACGUUGCCCGUUUUUCCGAAUUAAUGCGGAGUUGGGAUGUGGAGAAGAAGAUUAAAGGAGUGGAGAUUGCUCCGAAGGGGACGAACAGAUUUGAAAGAGCUUAUUUGAUAGAAGAGGAGCGACAAACAAUUCAGCGCCCGAGCGAAAUCAAUUGGAGACGAUUGAAUGAAAGUCUACGGAAGCGACGAGUACGAAUUGGAGUGUGUCAAGCGUUAGAAGAAUUGACAGGAGAGACUUUACUAGUGGAUCAAGCCCGAUUUGAAGGGUUGAGUAAAAUAAUGAAUGAAGUGAUGGAAGUUUCUUUGAAAGAAAAGGACGAUGAGGUUGUUGGACGAAUCAUCGAUAUCACAGACAACAUAACAGUGUCUUCCGGUCAAAAGUUGGUGACUCGAUUAAGGAAAUUGGAUGUGACGAAUGAAGCAUGGAGAUGUGUAGCAGAGAGACGUUUAGUUGCGAGUAAAAGUGAAGUCUAUGGCACUAUCAAUUUGGUCGAAUAUGUCUCAAACUUCGACAAGUUACCACCGGACCAGAAACAUCGGUUACGAGUUUUCGAAAACACAGAAGCGACUCGUGUUUUAGGGACAGUUAUGGACGUGAUGGAAACGUUAAAUGUGAAGAGCAAAAUUAUAGAAGAAAAUAUUUUACAGAUUACGCAGAUGAUCCCCGACCAGAGUAUGGCUCACAAGAGUUUUUAG